AUGAGCGACGACGAAUACGACCAGUACAAUCUGUCAGACUUCUCUCAAACAGACUUUGCUGCUCUGGACUCAGUGGGAUCAACAUCAGCAGCGCCACCGCAAUCCUCUCAAGCGUACCCUUCACCACAUCCCGAAGGGCCUCCACUGACACAACCUUGUGAUGAAUACGACGAAUUCGCCGGCUUUGACCUCUCGGAGUUCUCGGUUGCGGAUCUAGCCUCUAUAGACUCUACGGCCGCCACGCUUGUCCACUCGCCUUCGAAAGCCUACCCGUCACCGCCAUCGGAUCAUUCAAGCCCGGCCACACUAACCACGACUUCAACGGGAAGCAGCCGGAAUGUCAGCCGUACAAGCUCACUACAGACGACGCCUUCUCUCACGUCUUCCGGAUCUACUUCUUCUGAGACUCGUAUUGUGAUUGACGCGCCUAGUCCUUACACCCUGUUCCGUGCAUGGCGCAAAACACUGAGUGUAUCUGACCUUGUGGGGCCUUUGUGGUGCGAAGUACAGUACGAUUAUGGUCUGCGACAGCGACGGUGGAUAGAACUGGAGAAGCGGCCCGCUUCGUUCUUGACCGCCGAUAACAAGGUCAUCCAAGUGAACCAAAAGAUCGCUGCGGAUAAUGAUCGCACGCUGAAGAGUGGAUCUGCCAUCCACCAGAAACUUGAACGCCGACUGCGACCGGAGACAGUUGAGGUUCAGGUUAUGAAUGAGAGCGAGAGAUGGGCUUUGAGGUUGCUACAAAUGAUUGCCUGUCUAGCCGAUAUGCAGACGUUCGGCUUCUGUCGUGAGAUGCCCUCCUUUGGCAUUCUACACGGACACUUGGUCAAUGGCAUCAUUGAUGAGGUGGGACGAAAGCCUUGGAUAACGACAUUCAGCGCUAGAAGAACGACUGCUGCUUCCGGCACCACCAUCAAGCGCCCAUUAUCGACGCCCUCCAGUCCGCGUAAAGCAAAGAAGCAGCGGCCAUCUCUACCUGCACCCGCUGCAACACCUACUACUCAGCAGACACGUCUAACGACAUUUGUCAGCUCCACCAAGGUUCAUCCCGCGGACCCCAACACGCUGUCUUACGCCUUGCACCUCUCGGAUACGAAAACGCGUCGCAAACAGACAUUGCCCUCUGAUGAAGACGCGACAUCUGCGCGACUGCAGUUGAUGAUCUACCAGCGGCUAUUGGAGGGCGUGAUAUCCCCGUCAUUCCCUUGGGCCUCAUUCUGGGCACGACUCGGCGUCGACCCGAUGGAGACGCUCUGCGACGAGUUCUUAGAACAAGCGCUGCCUCUGCUUCCCGGAGCAGAUAAGGAGAAGCUCGUGCUCAAGCAGUACGGAAGCUUCCCACGCACCUUAACUGCCCUCGUCGCCGCCUUCCACGAGCGUCUCGCCGAGUUGCACGUUGUACACGUCGAUCGUACGCUGGAGAUUGUGUACCGCAGUCAACGGAGCACGCAAGCGCAGAAGAGGGCGGCUGAGGAUGCCGCGCUGCUUCAGGCCGCCCUCGAGCAGAAGCUCCUACAGGAAGAAGGCGCGGAUCCGGAGUUGGCUCGUAUGAUUGCUGCUCAGACUGUAGCGCGCAAAUAUCCUCCUGGUAUGCGCCCCGCAGAUGCGACUACUGGCGCAACCCACGGUAUCCCGUCGACGCAGAGCGCGUCCCCUACACCUGUUGGGACUGCGUCACAGGAGAUUAUUGUGCCCUCGCAAACAUCGAGCUCCGUCACCUCAGAUGCACCGAAUGAUGCGUCGCCUGGACAUGAAGGGCCAUCGUCGGCGACUGCUACACCUGCGUCAAAUAUCGCUCCAGUGUCCCCAUCGCAGGUCAAGGAUCUCCUGGCAUCCUUGCCAGAAGCUGCCCUUGCGUCGACCGACGAUCUAUUGAAGGCAUUCGAGAGAAGAAAGGAUAGGGCAGACGAAGAGGCUACCGGCGAGGAGUCGCGAAUCAUCGGAACUAAGACUUUCGAGCUGGACGACGAGCUCCUCGACACACACCUGGCGCAUGUGUUUGCGUUCUGGUUCGGUGAUCGUUCUCCGGAGGGCGUCUCUGAAGAGAAUGCUCGCAGAUGCUCUUCUUGCGAAUACAUGGAUGGUUGCGAGUGGCGUGAAAAGAAGGCUCGUGAGAUCGAGGAGAAGAUGGGAUUCAAGAGGCGAGCUUCUGCUCCAGUAGAGACUGUCGCGGCUGGCGACACCAUAGCAUCUAUGUUCUGA